ACUCCACGAAUGGUACAACAGCAGCAACACCAACCCCCUGUUGAUAAAUACAAACUCGAGAAAAUGUUUUCGGUUUAUGCUAACGACCCUCGUGACGAUGUUGGUUCUGGGCGUAUUGGUCCCAAUGGUAUGCUCCGUCUUCUCAAUGACCUUCAUUUGGAUCCAACUGAUCGCCGCGUUCUCAUACUCGCUUGCAAACUCAAGGCUCAAACACAGUGUGAAUUUAGUUGGGAGGAAUGGCAGCAGGGAUUAUCAUCACUAAGAGUGGAUUCUUUGGAUAAGCUCCGAGAACGUCUACAAGAGCUUGACACGGAGCUUUCUGAACCGAAUGCGUUUCGUGAACUUUACACGUUUACUUUUCUUUACGGAAAAUUGAGCAGUCAACGGAAUCUCGAUUUGGAAACAGCACUAGCGUACUGGAAAAUUUUGUUCAAGGAUAAGGUGGGAUAUUUUCAUGAUUUGAACCGUUCUGUUAGGUUGGCAAGUACAAGAUGUCACGCUGCUAGGUUUUAUUCUAAGAGUGAUAUUGAAAGUGGUUGUGUUGCCUCUUAA